ACCUGCAUGACUCCAGGGCCCUGUGAAGAGGCGCAUGCGCACCCCCAAGAUAAAGUCUCACAGAAAAAUAUUCUCGGAGAUCGGACCACAAACCCCGACUUUCCAAACUCAGCAGAAUUGACCGGAACAGCAGCAGAGCAGAAGGACGUGGGGACGGAGAGUGAAGGCCUGGUCAGUCCGGAAAGCCAACCACUGGAAGCCCCUGUUGUAAACGAGCACACUGACGCCCAGCUUCACGACCUGGUGCAAAGACUGUGUCACAGGACAGCCCUCUUUAAGAGGCAGCUGGCGGAGGAAGACCUGUCCUCCCCUGAAUCCAGCUCCCAGGCCGCAAAGCCUAUGGCUGUACCGCCAGCACAGGAGAGCACCGCUCAGCAUCCGGGGCCCAUGGUCUCCUGCACAGACCAGGCCUACCUCCUGUGGCUCCUGCUCGUCACGGCCGCCUACAGCUGGAACUGCUGGCUGAUCCCCGUGCGCCUCGCCUUUCCGCACCCGGCUCCGGACAACGCGCGCUACUGGCUGGCGGCGGACGUGGCGUGUGACAUCAUCUACCUGUGCGACGUGCUGUUAGUGCAGCCCAGGCGCCAUUUCACACGAGGAGGAGACGUCAUAGUGGAUCCCGCUGAGCUAGCAAAGCACUAUAGGAGUUCUACAAAAUUCCAGUUGGAUGUUGCAUCCAUAAUGCCACUGGAUGUUUUCUGCCUCUUCUUUGGGUUUAAUCCAAUAUUUAGGACAAACAGGAUAUUGAAGUACACAUCAUUCUUUGAGUUCAACCAUCGCCUGGAGUCACUCAUGGACAAGGCAUAUACGUACAGGGUCCUGCGGACCACAGGCUACCUGCUGUUCGCCCUGCACCUGAACGCCUGUCUCUACUACUGGGCUUCUGACCAGGAAGGCAUCGGGACCACCAAGUGGGUGUACAAUGGUGAAGGGAACAUGUACCUGCGAUGUUAUUACUUUGCUGUUCGCAGUUUGAUUACCAUCGGGGGCCUUCCAGAACCACAGACUUUGUUUGAAAUUGUUUUUCAACUGCUGAACUUCUUCCUGGGCGUGUUUGUGUUCUCCAGCGCGAUUGGCCAGAUGCUCGAUGUCAUCGGGGCAGCCACAGCCGCUCGGAACAGCUUCCGUGUCUGUGUGGAUCGCACCGUCGCCUACAUGAACACUUACUCCAUUCCCAAGAGUGUGCAGAGCCGGGUCCGGACCUGGUAUGAGUACACGUGGGAUUCGCAGAGGAUGCUGGAUGAGUCGGAGCUGCUCAAGACCCUGCCCCACGCGAUGCGGUCAGCCCUCGCCUUGGACAUGAACCUCAGCAUCCUCAGCAACGUCGAGCUGUUCAAGGGCUGUGACACGCAGAUGCUCUGUGACAUGCUGCUCAGGUUGAAAUCCACCAUCUAUUUGCCUGGAGAUUUCAUUUGCAAAGAGGGAGAGAUCGGCAAGGAAAUGUACGUUGUGAAGCAAGGAGAAGUCCAGGUUCUUGGAGGCACCGAUGGCGCUCAAGUUCUGGCCACUCUGAAAGCCGGGACCGUGUUUGGAGAAAUCAGCCUCCUGGCAGCGACAGGAGGAAACCGCCGGACCGCCACCGUGGUGGCCCACGGCUUCGCCAACCUUCUGAGUCUGGACAGGAAGGCCCUCCGAGAAACCCUGGUGCAUUACCCAGAUUCGGAACAGCUGCUGGUGAGGAAAGCCAGAGCGCUCCUCCACAAGAAGGCGCCAGCCACAGGGCACCCUUUCCAACAGGAAGGCUCGCCUUCCUCUUCCCAAAACCAGAGACACCACGCUGCUCCCAGCUCCCCUGGGAGGCGCAGCUGCUGA